AUAAUGUAUGUCCUUGCAAUUCCUGUAUUAUUGAACAUGGCAGUGAAGAAACUACAGAUUGCCAAUCCCCAUUUUCAUUUUACUAGGUUACUUAGCAAUCAAAAAUUGAAAGUACUCCAGCAAUGGACAAGGGAUUCAAGGUUGAAAGUACUAAGCCUCUAAGGAUGCAUUCAGAAAAUCUCAAGGAGAGUCAAAGCAGCGAGCAGUCGACGUCUGCAUCAGAUAGAGAAAUAACAGGAACGAUUGGUAGUGGCGAAAACCGUCCGAAGAAUAACGAUAGGAGCAGAAGUAAUAGCAGUAAUCUGUCGAAAGGAAAUUUAAAGGCCUUGAGUCCUGAACGAGAUCUAUCGGCACUGUCCAAGAGCAAAUUGGGGUCCAUCACUUCCCUGUCUUCAUCUUUGUCCAAUGCAUCAUUAGACGAUAUCUCCCAAGUAGGGGCAGGCGAAUUAAUCAAGCCCGAAGCAGAUGGUAUCGCUCCUUCGCCGGGACAUGAUGAGUAUUGUCCAUUGAAGUUACGGAAAGAAAAGGACGCCGUGAAGGUAUCUUCAAAAGCAGAACACGACUCGGAGUCCUCAGUUGCCGCAUCGACAUCGCCCAUGUCUGACAUCACACACGAGUCGCUACUUCAUAGUACGUCGCCGACGCAGUCUCCUCCAAUCCAGGUGAUGGACCGAUCGGGUGGGUACAGCCCUCAUAGGAUUCCAUCUUCUGUAUUCGAAAGGAGCAAACCUUCGACACCUAUUGAAUGGAGCAUUGCUUCCAAUGAGUCACUCUUUAGCUUACACAUAGGGAACGUCAGCUUCUCAAGAGACCAUGUAACUAUGCCUGCCGAUUCGCUGAAGUCCGAGGAAUUGGGCAGGUCCAACGAGUUCAUUACUAUCAGCUCGCCACCUCCGCAUGAGGUGGCAUCGCUUGACCUAAUCGUCGACAUGGAAAAGAACCCCGCAGCAAAUACCAAGAACACAGAAUUUACCAAGGACGUACGGAAGGAAAAUGGAAAUAGCGGAUUUGUGGAAAAGGCGAAUUCUCCAGUGGUGACUUGGGGUUCCUCUUGCCUUUCCAGUGAAAGUAGAACGAGCCUCCCAUCUUUCUCUUUCCCUGUAAAGAAGAAGAGUUCAUGUCUGAAACCUAAGUGGAUGAGGAAAAUGUGUGUGUGUCGGAGAAAGAAGUGUGUGUGGCCGUUGUGCUACUGUUCUAAUUGUAGUCGGGCAUCCUGCUACCGUAAGUGGACAUGUUGCUUCUGUAAAUGGCCGAGCUGCUUCUGUAAAUGGCCAAGCUGCUUCUGUAAAUGGCCGAGCUGCCACUGUUGCAAGUGGCCGAGCUGCCACUGUAAAUGUCCAAGCUGUUGUUGUCCUAAGUGUAGCUGUGCGUCCUGCUACCAUUGGAACUGUAGCCGAAAACGGUUUUGUUGUUGUUCUUCUACCAUAUUGACGGACGUAGAGAAAAGCAAUCCUGCGAGACUGGAUGCUCGAACUCCCAGAUCAACGGUCAGUGAGCGUGCUUGUUGCUCUUGCCAUUCUUGCCGCCCUUGCCAUGCUUGUUGCUCUUGCCAUUCUUGCCGCCCUUGCCAUUUUUGUAACUCUUGCGAUUGUUGCUGUCAUCUUGGCCUCUGUUGCUAAAUUUUCACAUUCUAAAGUUUUUAUAAAUUGUCAAUCACAGUAGUUCUUCCA